CGUGUUUCAUCGAAUAAUAUUAUUACCACAUUUGUUCCUGCUAAUGAUGAACUUAUAGACAUUUUUGCCAAAAGACUCACCUCCUCUCAAUUUGCUCGCAUUCGUGCUAACCUGUGCAUUCUUGAAUCCCAUGCUCAAAUUGCAAAGGUUUCAACUUUCAAAAAGUACAUGUUUCAAAAUGAGAUGGAGAAGGGAAAAAAACAGAAGGUAAUGGAGAGGAUUAGUUACACUCCUUCCAGUCAAAGAAUGAGCAUGUUUUGUUCACAACUGUGCUGUGAUUGUGACAAUGAAUUUGGAACUGAGGAAUUUUUUCAACCAUGUCCAUGGAGAAACUAA